ACAAAUGGUGAAGAAGCAAGCGAGUGACCUAUCCCUGUUGUAGAGUAUCCCUGGUAUGAUUGACUAGACGUUGGUCUCAUAAUCAGAUAUGCGGUAUAGCUGAAUGUUUAUGAAUGCAGAACACGUUUUGUCAACAAGGAUGCCGUCGUAACUAGGUGAGGCGAUCCUGGCGUUGUUCACCAAAACACCCGGUUGCGCAAUACAUCGCUUUAUAUACAAUCAAUAGUCGCAGUAUACCACGUCGGACAUUGUCGCAGUCGCUCCAUAAUGAAACACUGGAUACAGCUCAGCUUCCUAAUAUGUUCCUCACUCAUCCAGCUCGUGUCUACAGCGAGAGGAAGCAGGUUCUACCGGUCCAGAUCGUACCGCACCUAUUACAGCUCGGGUAGUAGUGGGAGUGGCGGAUCGGGAGAUGACGACUCAUGGAUAUAUAUCAUCGUAGCCGUCGUGGGCUUCGUUGCGUUAUGCUUUUGCUUCAUGGGUAUUUUUGUGUGCUAUAAAAAGUUGAAAGAGAGGAGAGAAAGAAGGGAGGAAGAAGCAAAGGAACUGGAGGAAAAAAAAGCCGAAAACAUUCAACAGAAAAGGAGCAGGAACAUUGUUGGCACAGCAGAAUUUUAACAAGAAUACAUCCUUUAGUCUUUUAUUGACAUGUAGACAAAUAUGAAUAUUUUACAGUGUUGUUUGUGAUGUUAUAAAUGUCUGUCAUUUGUUUAUUUGUGAUCUCAUAAUGAUCCUUAUGAUAUUUAAGACUCAUGUCGUAUAAACUCUUUUAUUACUAUGCAAGUUUUAUGUAUUUGGGUUUAGUUCAUCAUUCGUCUAUGGCGUUAGCGUGUAACGUACUGUUACUGAUUACUAUGAAGUUCUUUGACAUUAAGCAGUGACAAGUCAUUAUUUGGUCUGACGUUAUAGACAUUCACAGUAAAAAUGAACACACGCUACAGUUCCUUGACAUUAAGCAGUGACUAGUCAUUAUUUGGUCGGACGUUAUAAACAUUCACAGUAAAAAUGAACACACGUUACAUUUCCUUGACAUUAAACAGUGACAAGUUAUUAUUUGGUCGGACGUUUUAGACAUUCACAGUAAAAAUGAACACACGCUACAUUUCCUUGACAUUAAACAGUGACAAGUUAUUAUUUGGUCGGGCGUUUUGGAUUUCACAGUUAAAAUAAACACACGCUACAGUUCCUUGACAUUAAACAGUGACAAGUCAUUAUUUGGUCGGGCGUUUUGGACAUUCACAGUAAAAAUGAACACACGCUACAGUUCCUUGACAUUAAGCAGUGACAAGUCAUUAUUUGGUCGGACGUUAUGGACAUUCACAGUAGAAAUGAACACACGUUACAUUUCUUUGACAUUAAGCAGUGACUAGUCAUUAUUUGGUCUGACGUUAUAGACAUUCACAGUAGAAAUGAACACACGUUACAUUUCUUUGACAUUAAACAGUGACAAGUCAUUAUUUGGUCGGGCGUUUUGGACAUUCACAGUAAAAAUGAACACACGCUACAGUUCCUUGACAUUAAACAGUGACAAGUCAUUAUUUGGUCGGGCGUUUUGGACAUUUACAGUAAAAAUGAACACACGCUACAGUUCCUUGACAUUAAACAGUGACUAGUCAUUAUUUGGUCUGACGUUAUAGACAUUCACAGUAAAAAUGAACACACGCUACAUUUCUUUGACAUUAAACAUUGACAAGUCGUUAUUUAGUCGGGCGCUUUAGACAUUCACAG